GCCAUUUUCACUGCGAUCCGACUGGAGUGAGAACUGCCUUGCAGAUUCUGACUUCCUGAAUCCACCUGCCGUCGCCAGAUUCAGGGUAUUCUUUUAACCGUUUGAUUGCCGGAGUCCUCUGCCAAGUGACGUCUGGCGGGGGAGGGGGAAGACAGGUCUAGCAUUUAACAAGGAAAAGAAUAAACCCGACAUCGGUUUGGGCUUGGAGGGAUCGGAAAGGCUUUCCAAAGGCAGGUGCUGCCUAAUCGGGUUGGGCGGACCCUGGAAAUAGAACUCGAGGAAAAAAUGUUUGCAGACAUAACGUGGGUGAGAGGACCAUGAAGGGGAAACUUGAGCCUCUUUCCUCUUGUAUGAUGUUUAAGGAUCUCUUCCUGGCUCCCUGAAUAUCCUGAAGUGCCAUUUUGUGGCAGCACCUUCUCUGGAUUCUUUUCUCUCACCGCAAGUUACCUGUUCCCCCCAUUUUAAAAAAAAUAUACAUAUAUAUAUAUACACACCUUGAUCCCCAGUUCCCUACCCUGAUUCUUUUGAAAAAUGCCCCUACAGUAUGUGAAGAGUAAGAAAGGGCGGGAUCAGUUGGUUUAUGAUGGAUACUUGCAUACAAAGGAGCGUGUGGUUGGGAACAAAACCUUUUGGAAAUGUGCAAUCUACUAUAAGGACCAUUGCCCGGGGAGAGCUCACACAUAUGAUGACCGCGUCAUAAAGUACUCAGCACACUGUCACCCUCCAAUCAAGGCAGCCAGAGAAGCCAAGAGAAUUGAGCGGAGCACAAAGACCACAACCCCUUCUGUUCCACAACUGACGUACAAAGGGGUCCCGCCAACUUCUGAUGGGCUGUCGGAAACAGUUCCUGCCAAGAAGCCAUGUAUCCAAAACCCCAAACAGACAAUGGAGCGCUUGAGAGCAUGUCUGAGUGCAACUCUGCAAGGGACGUGUCACUCGCAAACAUCUGCCACAGUUGCUGAAUCGGUUCCUGCAGAGCCAUCCUCAGUGGUCUUUGUAACUCCUCCAGACUUGCAGGAAUGCUCAGAGAGGUUCAAGGAUGGUGGUGCCAUGGCCAGUCCCGUGCUCUGUGAGGAGCCCCAAACAUCCCAUUCAGUCCACCUUCAGGCCAGCCAGGAAGCUGGGAGGCAGAGGUUUCGCUCGGGCGCUGUCCCACCUGGAGCAAAUCCCCAGAAGAUUCUGUCCUGGAUAAGUGAGGCAGCUCGGCAGUGGUUGUGUCCUCGGGAGCACGACAAAGACCAGAUUGUGGACAUGGUCAUCUUGGAACAGUUCCUAGCUGUGCUACCAGUGAGCAUGCAGGCUUGGGUGAAAGCCAGGGAGCCAAGAACCAGCAUGGAGGCAGUUUGGCUGGCCGAGACCUAUUUGGGGGACCAGGAACUGGUCAUGGUUGGUCAGGAGCUGGAGAAGGACCUGGUCACCUUCGAAGAUGUAUCUCUGCGUUUCUCUGAGGAGGAAUGGACUUUGAUGGACCAGGAAGAAAAAGCACUGUAUUGGAAUGUUAUGCAUCAGAAUUACAAUAACGUGUCUUGGCUGAGUAAGGGGACAGGGAGCAAGACAGGAAAGGACCCCUGGCAGGAAGCUUCUGAACCUACAGUGGAGCUGCUGAAAAAAUCCAGCAAGGAGAUUUCCUGGGAUGUUGAGCAAGAUUUGAUUAGGGAGGCUCAUCUGGAAAGGCAGCCAAAGAGCAGUUCAGUGGAAAAAGAAGAUGCCAUUCUUUUCCUCAGUGAUUUGGAGGAAAUAACCAUAGAUGAUGAACUAGGUCUGGAGACUGUGAGUGUAUGCUGUGGUUGUAGAAAAGGAGAAGACUCAUCCGCAAUUGUUACUUGUAGGAAAAGCCCCAGAGAGGAAGUUGCUGAACCCGCAGUAUUAUCUGGGGAGUUGCAGGAGUCCUCAGAGAAGAAAAUCCUCCGAGAAGAAAAUUCUGCAAAUGCAGCGGAAAUUAAAUCUGCGGUCUCCAGGCUGCACCCCACAAUGGCUGACAUCCAGAAUGCCCUGAGGAACCUCUCUGGCAGCACCAAUGAUGUUAAGCACCAGAUCUCAGAUUUGGAGUUCACUUCUCAGAAUCCAGAGGAAACUUUAAUCAAGGAGGGCCAGAAGGAUGUGGAGUCAAACAACCCUAGAGUGGAAGAAAAUUCAGUUCCUUUUAGAAAAGCCUUGAGGGACCAUCAAGACAGUAGGCCAAGGCAGGAGACUUUCCACAUGGCUAUUGAUAGUGGGGACCAAGAUAAAUCCUUAACAUUUCUCCAUGAUCAGAAUAUCACUAUGCAGGAUGACUUGGAAUGUGCAGCCUUACCUGAGGGAUCAUUGUUUAUAUCAGAAGAAGAAAUUUUCCAAAGUCCUGAGAAAGAUUCUAAGCCUGAGUCAGUACACGUUUACUCAGUCAAUGAACCAAAUGAGGCUUACUCUGAGGAAGGUGUGAAUGGGACUGAAGCUUCAAUGAAUCAGGAGACCAUCAGUAGCCAUGAGGAGAUCAGUAGUCCGGGGACAGAAGGAGGAGAAGCGAAAUCUGUUCUUUCUGAAAAUGGUUUACCAGAACUGACCGAAGACCAACCUCUCUUACGUUCUCAACUGACAUCAGAGCUCCAGCCUGCAGGCCCCAAUCCAGAGGAAUCUUCAGAACACAACAGUUGUCAGAAAAGCAGCCAAGGAAAUGAUCUGUGUGAAGGCCCCAGUCAUAAGAGACAGUUCAUCCAGAGUCUAGCUUCUACUACACAGCCCACCUGCUCUGAUUCUGGGGGAAAUUCCGGCAGUCUCUCAGUUUUGACAAAACAGAGAAGGUUUGACAAAAAAAGAAAACCUUGUAGUAGGAGAAAUAUGCCUGUCAGAUCUGUCUUGGGGACUCAGUGGAGGAUCUCCCCAGGAGGGAGGCUACAUAAACAUCUGAAUUGGAACUGGUGGGCCUCCAGAAGAUGGGAAAGCAGGUUUCCUGAGCAGGAAAUGGGCCUGAGGAAACACAGUUCUGUAAAUAUUAAUGCCCAUUCCCAUGAAACUCUUCAGACAGCAACAGAGGAGCACAGAACCACCAUAGAGGCAGCUUCCUCCUCAGACAUCAGGGAAGCGGAACCUUGGCCAAGAGCUCCUUCCUCUUUCCUUCUAGACAAAAUGGCUGCUGAGCCUACUGUGGCACAGCUAAUGGCAGUACUGCAGCAGGUAGCUGCAGACACAGCGGAAAUUAAAUCUCUGGUCUCCAGACUGCACCCCACAGUGGCUGACAUCCAGAAUGCCCUGAGGAACUUCUCCGGCAGCAAUGAUGAUGUUCAGCACCGGAUCUCGGAUUUGGAGUUCACUUCCCAGAAUACCGAGGCCCAGUUGGUGCAGCAUUGCAAUGACAUUAAGGCUAUUGAAGCCAAACUGGUUGGGAAAGCUGUGCAGACCAAUGUCAUAGCAGGACUGUGGCCAUCGCUGGGGGUCAAGAGAGAAAUGAGCCCCUGAUUCUGCCCCCCAACUUGAUUCAGCUGCUAGAGGUUGCUUGGGUUAGAUAUAUGGUUCAGACUGAGGCUCAGGGAACAGGAAGUUUGAUGCCAAUGAAAGUAGCAUUUGUUUUCACCAUGUCUGAAAACCUUUGCAAGCAUUUGGAUCCCUACUUGUUUCAGUAAAUCAGAGGUGAUCAUAGGAAAAUUAAAAUGGCCUUUGUUAUUG